CCCCCAAACCCCAAUAGUCCCUCAUCUCAACAUCCACAAUCCAAUCUAUACACACACAUAUACAUACAAAACAAGCCACACAUCUCUUCUCUUCCAAACCCUAAUCCCCAAAAUGCCUGCCCUACCCGAAGAGCCGCUCCUCGCCCCGAACCCGGACCGCUUCUGUAUGUUCCCAAUUCAAUACCCUCAGAUCUGGGAGAUGUACAAGAAAGCCGAGGCCUCUUUCUGGACCGCCGAGGAAGUCGAUUUAUCUCAAGAUAAUGUUCACUGGGAAGCUUUGACUUCUGAUGAGAAGCACUUUAUUACCCAUGUUCUCGCUUUUUUCGCCGCUUCUGAUGGCAUUGUGCUCGAGAAUUUGGCCGGGAGGUUUAUGAAGGAGGUGCAGGUGGCGGAGGCGAGGGCUUUUUAUGGGUUUCAGAUUGCGAUAGAGAAUAUUCAUUCGGAGAUGUAUAGUUUGUUGUUGGAGAGUUAUAUUAAGGAUUCGGAGGAGAAGGCGAGGUUGUUCAGGGCGAUUGAGACGAUUCCGUGUGUCGAGAAGAAGGCCAAGUGGGCGAUGAGGUGGAUUGAUGGAGGGGAGUCGUUUGCGGAGAGGAUUAUUGCGUUUGCUUGUGUGGAAGGGAUUUUUUUCUCGGGGAGCUUCUGCGCGAUUUUUUGGCUGAAGAAGAGGGGGCUUAUGCCCGGAUUGACUUUCUCGAAUGAGCUGAUUUCGAGGGAUGAGGGUCUGCAUUGUGAUUUUGCAUGUAUGUUGUAUGAUUUGUUGAGGAUGAAGCCGAGUGAGGAGCGGGUUAAGGGGAUUGUAGCGGAUGCGGUUGAGAUUGAGAGGGAGUUUGUUUGUGAUGCUUUGCCGUGUGCUUUGGUUGGGAUGAAUGGGGAUUUGAUGAGUCAGUAUAUUAAGUUUGUGGCGGAUAGGUUGUUGGGAGCGUUGGGGUAUGGGAAGAUGUAUAAUGUGCAGAAUCCAUUUGAUUGGAUGGAGUUGAUUUCGUUGCAGGGGAAGACUAAUUUCUUUGAGAAGCGAGUUGGGGAGUAUCAGAAGGCGUCUGUGAUGAACAGCAUCAAUGGCAAUGCUGAUAGCCAUGUGUUUAAGCUUGAUGAGGAUUUCUGAUUUUAACUAUGUUCAUCUAAUUUACUGUUAUUCAUAAUGUAUCCUCUCAUAUUCAGGAAGUUCGGAUACUUCUGCUAUGAUGGAGUUCGUAUGUAAUAUAUGCAAUGGAAUGUUCUCUUUCGGAUA